AUGUCAUUAGCCGACGACUUUCUUGCCGACAUUGACUACGAAGAAGUCGAGUCCAUCACCUCCUCAGGCCAGGACUUUAGCGCACAACAACAGGACAUCUAUACUAGCUUUGGCGGCGAUGCCUCGUCUUCGAAACACAAUGGAGGGGAUCUGAUAGACGAGGAUGAGGACGACGAGGAUGGGGACUUGGAUAUGGAGGCGGAUAUGAACGAGGCUGAUAGCGCAUUGGAGGCCAUGAUGCGGGAAGUUCGGUCCGCCAAGAAUGCAAGGGAUAUUGCACGGCUUAUGGAUUCUGCAGAGAUGAAGGGCAUUCUGAAGGAUAUUACGCAUUUCCAAUCACAGUCCGAGUCAAAGGGAUCGGACGUGUCAGGAAUGGUGGAGGAUGACCCCGAGUACCAGCUGAUCGUUAAAGCUAACACCAUCACCGUCGCUAUCGACAACGAAGUCCUCGUCGUCCACAAGUUCAUCAGAGACCAUUAUGAGCCAAAGUUCCCGGAACUAGAGACGCUGGUGGCGAACCCGAUGGAUUAUGCAAGGACGGUGAAGAGGAUUGCGAACCAGGAGGAUAUUACAAAGGUCAACUUGCACGAUAUCCUGCCGUCGGCGACUGUCAUGGUUGUUGUCGUCACAGGCACCACGACCGAGGGCAGGGAUCUGACAGAGUCCGAGUGGAAGGCUUGUGAGGAAGCCUGUGAUCUUGCCUUUGAACUCGAGAAAGCCAAAGCUACUAUCAUCGAGUAUGUGGAGUCGAGAUUGACAUUUAUUGCACCCAACUUGUCGGCGAUCAUUGGAACGACAACGGCAGCAAAACUGAUGGGACAAGCCGGAGGGUUGACAGCACUGAGCAAGAUGCCUGCAUGCAAUAUCCAGGUCCUGGGUCAGGACAAGGCCCUCAAUUCUGCACUUUCUUCCGCAUCCCAGGUCAAGAACGUUGGUUAUAUCUACUAUUCGCCCUUUGUCGCCUCGCUCCCCUUGGAUAUCCGCAAAAAGGCCCAAAAGAUGAUUGCAGCCAAGAUUGCCCUUGCUGCGCGAAUUGAUAGGGUCCAUUCGUACCAGGAUGGAUCAUGGGGUCGCAAGAUUCGGGAGGAGAUUGAGAAGAAGGUGGAAAAGCUGUUGGAGCCCCCACCCCAGAAGAACAUCAAGGCCUUGCCGGCACCGUUGGAGGCGCCCAAGAAGCGUCGUGGUGGUCGUAGGGCGAGGAAGGAGAAGGAGCUCUAUGCGGUCUCGGAGAUGCAGAAGCUCAAGAACCGGAUGGAGUUUGGAGUUGAAGAACAGGAGAUUAUGGGAUAUGGAGAAUCUCAAGGAAUGGGAAUGUUGGGUCAGAACUCUUCGGGUCCUGGAGCAGGAAGGAUCAGAGCUGCACAGCAGAAUAACCGGAAUCGUGGCAAGAUCUCGAACAGGAAUGCGGCUCGUCUGGCGCAGUAUGGAUCGAGUAGUGGACUGGCGACGGCUGGAACUGCUUCCUCGAUUGCUUUCACGCCUGUGCAGGGUAUUGAGUUGAUUGAUCCUACCGCCGCGGCUGCCAAGAUCAAGGCUGCCAAUGAGAAGUAUUUCGGUAGCGGAGGAUUCUUCAAGGCUCCCGAAAAGAAAUAA